CCAUUCGUGCCACUCGCUUAUCAAUUUUAUCACCAAACUGACCCAUUCCAAACGAUUUCAAAAUGCUGGACAAAGUGAAACACAUAAUCCUGGUGCUUUCCGGCAAGGGUGGCGUCGGAAAAUCCACCAUCAGCACGCAACUGGCACUGACUCUGUCGGAAUCGAAUUUUAAGGUUGGACUGCUGGACAUCGACCUAUGCGGUCCGAGUGUUCCAUAUUUGCUCGGUCUGGAAGAGCAUGACGUACAUCAGUGCGACGAAGGAUGGGUUCCGGUGUACACGAACGCAGAAAAGAACCUAGCGGUCAUGUCCAUCGGAUUCCUGUUAAAGAACCGAACCGAUGCCGUCAUCUGGCGUGGUCCAAAGAAGACGGCGAUGAUAAAGCAGUUCCUGGAGGACGUUGCUUGGGAUGAGCUGGACUAUUUGAUUAUCGACACCCCACCGGGGACGUCGGAUGAACACAUUACCGUGAUGGAAUGCCUGAAAGCGGUCGACGCUGACGGAGCAAUCAUUGUGACGACACCGCAGGAGAUGGCUCUGGAAGACGUACGAAAGGAGGUAACGUUUUGCAAGAAGACGGGGAUUAAGAUUAUCGGAAUUGUGGAGAACAUGAGCGGGUUUGUAUGUCCUAAUUGUUCGGAAUGUACGAACAUUUUUUCCUCGGGAGGAGGAGUGGCUUUGGCGGAAUUGGCCAAAGUGCCCCACUUAGGAACGCUUCCGAUUGAUCCUCGGGUGGGAGCACUGGCCGGUUCGGGAAAGGCAUGCGUCAAGGAACUACCCGACUGUACAACGUCGAAGGUUUUGCAGAGCAUUGUUGAAAGUAUCAGCGCGGAGAAAUCGUAGUAAUAAAAGGUAAGAAUCGAUUUGUUAU